AUGUCCCAAAUCCCUGGAAUAGAGAACUUUUCCAAUUUCGAUGGAACUAUUAGCCAUUUAUAUGUUGGCGGUAGUCCAUUGUACGAUUCCAGCGGGAGCUCGGAGACGCGAGUGAUCAUUUCCAUCGACCCUCGAUCCAAACUGGAAACAUGUUUGCGAGCCAUUAACUCCGAAUUGCUUGUUUUGGGCUAUCCCGCAGUGGUGUCUUACGAGAACGAACAGCCAAUGAUCAUCGUCGAUCAAUUAGCUCAUGGUAUGGCCCGAUUGCUGAAUUCCUACUUAAAAAACCUGUCACAGCAGAACGAACUCGCAACCAAACUGCGGUCCGCUGAGGCCGACCUCACUCAGGUCCAAAAGAUGUAUCGUCGUUGUCAGGAAGAUUUGAACGAAUCCCACAAAGCCAUCGCACUUGCCCGUGAGCGUGAUCGUCGAGCAGAGGAGGAGAAGCGCGCUAUCCAGUUACGAUUGAGGGCAACAACAGAUGAGGUUCGUAAACUUCAACUGAACUUUCAACGCUAUGAAACCCAGUCGGCUCAUGAACGCCGUAAACUGGAAAAUGAGCUGGUUGCAAUGCGUGAACGUUUGUUAACCACCAUAGUUCCUCGUCCAGGGAAUGUGGCCAACAAUAUAUCCCAUCGGUCAUCCAAAGGACGGUCACAACGCACUUCUGUCCAGGUUUCCUCCGUGGUUACAUUGGACUCACUUUCGGAUACCAGUGAAACCACAGUCGGUUUAGCCCCAGCUUUUAACAGCCGUCCAUCAACCAGGGUGGUGGCAAAGCCCACUCGAACGCUUUCUUCUAUAGGGGCACAAAAUCCAGGGCAGAAGUCAGAGAGGUGUCCACAAGAUACAAUUGUGACAGCUGCCACCCAGAAACCAUCUCAAAUUGCCCUGUACACACAUUUGAUCCAGAGCCUUCAGGAACGUGAACAUACGCUACUGUAUGAGAAUCGAGAGCUGAGAGAUCUUGUCAGUCAAAUUUCUUCUCGCCUUGUUCGAUUUUCACACUUUGUGGAUCAGCAGUGCCGCCCCCUAUCCGCAGACAAAGAUCCCGUGUCCAACGCCUUAUCGACGAUGGAUGAGUUCGACUCGCUCGAUGAGGAGGACGAUGAUACAAUGUCCCAAUCCGUCCAACGCGAAUCAUCAGAUGAUGAAUUCCCCAAUCGCUGUACAACACCGUCGCAUUCAUCAAGUUCGCGUCGCAAAUCCUCUAAUGUGAACCAGCUCCUACUCCAACUCCCUUACCCGUUGGUUCGCGAGCGACUGGCGCAGCGUGUACGGCAACUCUCAAAAGAGUUAUGGAGACGUUUGAAACAACUUUCGGUCACACCGGAGACCAGAGAAGCAGUUAGAGACUUGAUUGACCUUCAGCGCUUAGGAGAAUUUUCCAGAGGGGAUAGCACCAAUACUCCAAGUGCAUCAGAAAAGCCCACAGCUUCUGCCCCAUUAAUGAACAAUACUCGAUUAGCGGAUGGAAACCAACCACAAAGCGAUGCGGAAAACCAGGACCCGGAGAAAAUGAGCAACGAAAUUAAGACAUUGAAGGAAUUGGUUCGUGAAUACGAAGGUCGCAUGCAAAAACAGGAAGUCGCCCUACGUCACGCCCUGUUCACCAACAUGCGACGAUGGAACAGCUGCGCCCGAGACACCUGGGGUUGUCCCACCGAUGAGAAUUCUGCAGAACUCGGAAGCACACCGACACAUUCGCUUCAUGAGAGCCAUACUAAAGUGGCUCCGUUGCAUUUACAACUUGGUAGCCCUUGGCAAAGCACCAAAACAGACGGGUCACAGCUACCAAAAGAUGGGGCAGGUGAUUGUAUAAACGAAUUGGACGUCCCAGUUUCAAACCAGCCGAAAGUCAAAUGUGAUGCACGCGACUGUCAUGGUGAUCUUAAGUCUCAUGACCUCCCAGUUUCCAUUCAACGAGACUUCCGGCGUAAGACAUCAGACUGGAACCCCAACACAACAGAUACUGUCUGCUUGGCGCCGGCUCACGCCACCUUCACCAGUUCUCCGUUUCCGAAUCGGGCUCGAGCGCUGUCCUUAGACGGGAUCCAUUGAUCCGAUUUUUUCUUUGCAGACCAUUCGCAUCGGCUUUCUCAAAUAAUUAUUUGCACUUCGCUUCAGGUGAAUGAAUUUGCUCAACUCCCCGCACAUCAUUGUCUUUCAUCGUAUGCUGACACCCCAAGCAAUUUGUUCUAUAUACAUUUAUUCUGUAUAUAUAUCAAAAUUUGAAAAACC